AUGGAGGAGGAGGAGGAGGAGGAGGAGUAUGGAUUCGGGUAAGUCCGCGGGAUUGGUCUGACGGAGAACAAUAUCAGUAAGCCAUCUUAUAUGGAUUUAGUUCACUCGCCUUUUUGAAUUUUAGAGAACGGGAAUAUCCCUAGUAACGAUAUCUGCACCCGAAUGACAGAGCGCGGUUUGUGAUUAAGCUGAGAAAUAUUCAUAGUGAUUCGAUUUUUAGGCAGCUUAGGCAUGGGACAGUGUACGACUUACUGACUAUGGAGGGCGUACACAGAACAAACAGUCCGGUAUCUCUGACUUUGUUUAUAAUCCCUCUGCUAAUUGUUUUUUGCGCAUUGCUGUGCAGCCGCCUGCAUUGACCGUAGUAUGAACUCCGGAACAAAAUCCCUCCAGUUUUGCAGACCGGUAAAUUCCACUUAUAAUGCGACCACUGGACCCCAUGGCUGGUCCACAAAGUAGUUCAAAUGCUCCUUAAAGCUGGUAACUGACUUAACUGCUUAUCGCUUCGAUAGAAUACGACCUCAACAGCUGAUUAAAUAUAGCCUCAGUUGUCGAAAGGGCAACCAACUUUUGGGCCAAACACAAUCGUCCACAUAAGUAAAAGCAAAAGGCCAGUUGCAGACUAUCGCUUUUUAAUGAUGAAAAAGGAUAACAGCAUUUUUGGAUAAGUGCAUUCUUCAAGAACUUUCUCGGUCGGCCUCCAGUACUAACGCCAUUCCACCGGAUGUGUUAAGUGCGCAGUGCCCGUUUUGUCAGCUGACGCACCAGACUACAUACUGGGUGCGAGAAUCAAACAUUUCUCUCCAUUUUCCUCUCGAAUUCUACAUAAACAUUGUGUGGAGACGCUCUGGAGACAGGCAGUACAUUUGAGCGUCAGCAAUUUCAGUAAACUAUCUCUCCAAAUGAUACGCAAGAACCUCAUGGGCUUAAGGCUUCAGAUCCUCAGAAGUCUGCAUAAACAAGACUAAAACGAAUAACCGGUUGGACAAAAUUCCCUGAAAUAUGAACAAUAUAAAAUUGAUUGUUAGAUAAGCAGAACAAUCUUUUCGACAACUUUCCGUGCCUCCCGGUACUGCCCUGACAAAUAAGGAUGCAUCGACGUGUUCUGGGGUUGCAACGGAUGGGGCUCCUUCGUUGGAAGUUGUUUUAUUCGUUGUUUCAUGGCCCGAUUCUGCUCCAAAACGACUGCUGCCUAACAAAAGGGACUUGUUUUCCUUCUAACAUUUAUUUCGUUCCUAUCUGCGCCUCCUACUCCUUGAGGGCAUCGCAGGGAGGCCGUAUAUCCCGUAUGGAUUCUAAGAUGGUUUAAAAUAUGGCAGCCUCAACAAUUUUCGAUUUUUAUCUCCACAUUUUUGGUCAUAAAAGUAAAUUGAACUGGCUCAGAAGCCUAAGUGGUUCAGGCGUGCGCAGUGUUUUCGUGUUAAAUUUGCGUGAACGGUGAGAGUAGUUUAGCUACUGUUAAUCAACUUACACACAAUGGGUGGCAUUGUGUAACUUUCCCAUGACAGUCCUCUAAAAAUUAGGAGUAUCUUCCCGCCGAGACGUAUUUCAUUGUUGGGUUUUCUUACGUGGUGAGUUCCUGGUCGUUAUUAUUCAAUAUCUCAUAGGCGUUUGAACGCACAAGAUAUUCUUACAUCCUAUGAAUCAUGCCUUUUAUUGUCUUCUCUGAAAAAAGCGUUCAGUUUAUCCAAAAGACUGGCGCUAAUGUUGUUCUAUGUUUGCAGAGGAAUCUGUUUCCCUAGCCCUUCAGAGAGGCCAUCAUAUUAUCCCCUGAUUCUUCUGCUUAGAAUUUUCGUUUUUCAAAUAUCAAGUCUUCUUCCGUAAUUUGCAAGCACAGUAUUUAAAUUUGAGAGGAAAUCACAGCUGAAAUUAUUCGAAAAUGCUUUCUCGACAAUGUGUCCAUCCUACUAUCAACGGAUCGGAUCGGGAAAGUACAAGUUUAAGAAUGUUUCAGAACGCGAGUGCCGCUUCACUCAAUGGGAUCCGAGCUUCUUACAAUUCAUCCGAGUCUUUUCUAAGAUAGUCCUCCAUAAGAUACAGAACCGAUACCAAAAUGCGGCCAGAUCGCAGUUGGAAGCCAGGAAUGGGGAAGCGGACGGUGACCUUAACCCUAAUCCUAACCUUAACCCUAAUAGUAACCUUAACCUUAAACGGUAACCGUUAAUCCUAACGGCAACCUUAACCCUAACCCUAACCGAAAUCGUAAACGUAACUGUAGCCCUUAGACAUAGACGUGGCUAUAAAACCUAACCGUACCACUGAAAACUAGUCGUAAAUUUAAACCCUAACCGUAACCCGAAAAACUAUGUCUAAAGAGCAUAACCGAUACCCUAAUCCUAAUCUCAAAGGUAAGACGGAGGCCAACUGGGUCAGAUGUGAUAGUGUAGCCCCACAAAAAUGCUCCAGUAAACAAACCUCCAGCCACCUGUAAUACGAGGCCUGGCUGCCAAUUGCGACCUAGCCCAAAAUGCAAACUAAGAGCGUUCUUCACUCUAAAAUGAUUUUCCUAAUCUGCUGGAAAUGCUCUUAAUGGACAGUUAGCAGGUUAAGGUGCCUGACUAGAUCUGAUAAUUAUUGGUCAGCUGGAAGACAUAUUCAAGGACUUCAUUUAAGUGGUAAUACGGCUCAACGCCUAACGCACUUAUCGGGUAGUUUGAAGGCCUUAUGAACAUUUGGACUCGUGUUUGGACGUCUAGAAAUCUGAAAACUUAUCACUGAAAUUUUCCGACUCAACAUACUGACUGGCGUAGCUUUUGUUCAAGAUAGCCAUUAUAAAUGGUGUGUUUGCUCGUCCUUUCUAGGGGGCGACGGACCCAAGACAAGAUUAAAAAGAGUACCCUUGCAAACUAUCUUCCUCAGUACUUCUCAGCCAGGCGGACGGAUUUACAUAAAUGAACCAUUUGUCCUUGUUUGACCAGUUCACGAGGGAAAAAUUCAUAGCUGGAGGAUGGGUUGGUCCUUAACGGGGUCAAAAGUGGACUCUGUGGAAGCGAGUGGAGGGGGAGGUAACGACCACACAUUGUGAUCUACAAAUGCUCGCUCGUCACGUCAGCCACAUGGGACAGCCAGAAAAACCGUUUUAAACACCUCAGGAGGCAAAGAGCACACGUCAAAUCAAUAGCUUGGGGGGAUGUCGGUCGAUCUGUAGGUCAUGGCGAGAACACGGUGGACGCCGUCGAAAUCGACGAUCGAAUUGUCGUCGCCGUCAUUGUCGCGUGUGCGUGUGUGGAGUGUACGGUUGUCCAGUCGUGGGUCCACGUGGCGGUCGUAGUAGGUCACUCACAUGCUUGCAGGUGUAGACUACGCCUAGCGUCCAUUAACUGGCACUAAGUUCUCACGCGUAGCUCCCUGAAGUUAGGUUCUGCCCAGCGGCCAAACUCCGGUGACCACCUCAACCGGUGGGCUAAACCAGGUGAGGGUAUUCGUGUGUGCAUCUCCGCACACGGUAACUCGGCUCCGCUCUCACCAUCCCUGGCCGGGUAGAUCACCGCCUCGGCAUCGCCAAGAUGAGGCUCCGUCUGCAACCCCGCAGGAGGCCACGAGCACUUAAUAAGCUCCUGACUUAGCGGAUGGAAGACCGGCCCCUUUCUACUCCUUCGCACCUAUUCUCCGCCGUUCUCCUCUGCCCCUCACUCUCUCUACUCUCUACUUUACUUUGCUCUCUUACCACACAGUCGAAUGUCCCACGGAUCACCGUAUCGCCACCCGCAGAAGGCCACGAGAUAAGUGACCGUCCAUGUAAUCCGAAUGCUGCUCUGUUGUCUUUACUUUUGCCUAUUCUUGCUUGCCUUUGCCUGCUGGUUUGUGUUUGUCCUCGUUUUAGCCAACUGCCGUUCUGUCAAAUUUGUCUGUUCACUGUUUGUAUUUCAGCAACCAGUUAGCUUAGAGAGGCACGGGAAACUCUGCUUCUCGUCUCUCUACCCUUCCCCCAUCCCCCUCACCCCUUUAAGUCGUAGGAAGGCCCAGGCGAACUCGGGUUGUCCUCCCGCCAAACAAAGGCGUAACCCAUUGUGGAGUGCGCUGGUCGUCUGGGAUGUCUGAGCAGCCCUAUUUAGGACAGCACUUUGUGCCCCCCAAACAGGCCACGCGGUAGAUGCGCUGGGCCAAUACGGGAUCCAUAUCGGAUUCCGGAAGGCGUUAUCAGAAUAGCACAGCAUAACAAAUGCCAACAUUUCGGGUUCGGUGGCAUACUGGGUUGCCGACAGCCGUCAAGCACACUGGGACCCCUGCCGCCCUCACCCACCCAAUAUUGUUGUUGGUCAAACACCUGGUCAUUUGUUGUGUGGACCAGGGGCUGUGAAGCUGAGCGUCAAGUUGCCGGCUCGACCGUGUCACCCAUAUGUACCAAUCCCCGCCUCCGGUCUUCUUGAUUCUGCCUUGACAUCGGGUCCACGUGGGCAGUGGGGAAGAGGGAGUGCGGCGCAAGUCUGCUGUCACUAUAAACUAAUUCACACGUAAGUCACCGCGGCUGCUGCACCUUUCGGAUGAGCACAUGGUAGACAUUGUCGGAAAUGACGGUCGAAGUCAGGGACAGCACUGCUCACUACCGCAAGGGGGAUGAGCUAGAAAAGGUGCCGUAAACAAAUACUGGGAUCACGUUCUCUGAGCGCUGACCGUGGCCGCAGGCGCAAAACACACGAUUGAAACAACCAAACAUGAAAUUAUACUCUGUCUCUCCUCCCCUCCUCCUCAUACUCCUCCUUAUACUCCUCCUCCUCCCCUGCGUCCCACCGCACAGAUUAGUAGGGGGAUUCCGCUCACUGCGGCAGCCUGGAGUAUUUGUUCCCUUUUUGACAAUCCGAGGAGCAACCGAUCGGAACGGAGGACUUCGCUAGUGGCUCGGGAAUUAGCGCAUCACAAGGUUGGCAUCGCCACACUCAGCGAGACCCGAUACGCCGAACAAAGCCAACUGGAAGAGGUGGGUGCCGGUUACACCUUCUUCUGGAGCGGUCGACCCAGGGCAGAGCGACGGGACGCGGGUGUCGCCUUCGCCAUUCGGAACGACAUCGUGGGACGACUGCCCUGUUUGCCGCAGGGCGUUAACGAUCGCCUGAUGAGCCUCCGCCUGCCUCUCCGGGGAGGCAAAAAGGCAACCAUCAUCAGCUUCUACGUUCAUCGAUGA